GACGGGCCCCGCCCCCAGCUGGCGGAGCCGCGGCGGCUGCUGCCCGGCCGCUGUGUCCGGGCCCCGGCGGCGGCCAUGGGGGGAGCGCGGCCGGGCCGCUGCGGGCGGGACCCGUGCGGGGCGCUCUGCCUGCUGCUCACCUACUUGAGCGUGGCCUACGCCGACUACGUCAUCCUCACCCACAUCCUGCUGCAGCCGGGCUUCCGGGGCAGCCUCUGGUGUCCGUUCCAUGCCGUGAUGUUUAACCUCAUUGUCCUUCUGUUGCUGGCCUGUCACACACGAGCUGUCUUUGCUGAUCCAGGCAUGGUCCCGCUGCCCGAUACCGCUAUCGACUUCUCUGACCUGCGCGGCAACACGCCUCACAAGAACAAGCGGAGCAAUGAGGACUGGACAGUGUGUAACCGCUGUGAGACGUACCGCCCGCCGCGGGCGCACCACUGCCGCAUCUGCCACCGUUGUGUCCGCCGCAUGGAUCACCACUGCCCCUGGAUCAACAACUGCGUUGGCGAGUUAAACCAGAAAUACUUCAUCCAGUUCCUCUUCUACACUGGGCUGGCUAGUCUCUAUGCCAUGGGGCUGGUGUUAACCAUGUGGCUGUGGCCGGUAGACAGGAGCUUCCCUGGGAAGAUGGAAGGUGUGGCCGGAGGCUUCUCUAACAACCAUGUCCAGAUGGCUCACUGCAUCAUCCUGCUGGUGGAGUCCAUCCUCUUCGGGGUCUUCGUUACCGUCAUCUUCUAUGACCAGGUGGUCUCCAUCAUCAUGGACGAGACUCCGAUCGAGCAGCUGCGGAACCGGCUGCUGAAGGAGGCGCGCCGGGAGGUGGCGCACACCCGGAAGCCGAAGAUCGCGCUGCUGCGGGAGGUGUUUGGACGGGGCUUUGUGAUCUGCUGGUUUUUCCCAUGUAACUGCAGCCCCCCAUCAGGCAGGGCUCCUGCCUACAGCUACCUGCCCAACUACGAUGUGUGACCUCCAUGGCACCUCUGCAGAUGCUGCCUCUCCUGCCUUGGGGAAGGGACUUAUACUGCUGGUGGCUUUGCAGAACUUGCCACCAAACGGCUCAUUGAGGCCUGCCCUGCUGCUCCCCAGUGGCAGCCUGGGGCCAGGGUGUGUCUGCAGUGCCCGGCUCUGCUGGGUCUGCAGUGCCCGGCUCUGCUGGGUCUGCAGUGCCCGGCUCUGCUGGGUCUGCAGUGCCCGGCUCUGCUGGGUCUGCAGUGCCCGGCUCUGCUGGGUCUGCCGUGCCCAGCAUUACGACUCCUCCUGGGACAUGGUGCCCUUGCAAAGCUGAGAUCGUGAGCUGUGGAGGGGCACUCUCUAGCCCUCUGCGCCAUACUCCCUGAAGCGCCUGGCUGCCCGGCAGGUCCCGGUGCCUGGGGCAUGGAGAGCGGUCACUUAGGCAGGGUGGGCCCCGUGCAUGACCCUUCUCCUGGAUCAGUGUUAGUGCCGGGCUGCCCCCCAAGGUUACAGUCUGACACCCCCCGCUCUCGCCACAACUACAUCUGGAUCCUAGCCCCCUCCCUGUGUCUGCCUACCUGCAGCUGGGCACCUAGCCCCCGCUGCCAGCACCUCACUGCCCGGGGAUGGAGCUGGUUGUUCUGUGCUCCUGGCCAGGGAGGGAUGGCACCACUUGUACAUAGCCCUAUGUGGCAUUACCAGCGCGCUCGGCUCUGGGCGCCUGGUGUGUGUGUGUGUGUGUGUGUGUGUGUGUGAGUUUGCGGUAGCUGAACUUGCUCGUGCCUAGGCAAAUCGGAGCUUCUGUUCUUGGCCCUGGCAGCAGCCUCUGCUUCCUCGGAGCCCCUCCACGCCGUCCCCGGGGGGAUGGACCGCUUCAUAUCGUGGGGGUGGGGGAUAUGCACUGGCACCCCUCUCUGGUGGUCCCCUCCAGCCCAGCAGGCAGUGUUACUAUCUCUUAGGUGUAUUACGGUAGCGCCUAGGAGCCCCAAUCCUGGACUGGACCCCUGGUGCCAGGGGCUGUACAAACACAGAACAGAAAGAUGGUCUCUGCCCCAAGGAGCUCACAGUCUGAGACAGGAGAUGGUGCAGACAGAUGGGGGAGGCAGCAGCUAGAGCACUGGACUGGGGGAUCUUCAGUAGGUCACUUCCCUUUGGUGCCUCAGUUUCCUCAUCUGUAAAAUGGGCAUAAUGCUAGCACCUCCCAUUGUAAAGCAUGGGGAGAUCUGCUGAUGAGAUUUGCUAGACAAGAGCAAGGUGGUGUGAUAAGGACUAGGCAGGGCAGCGGGACGGGCAAUGCACUCUGCACACGAGCAGCAUAACCCAAGUGUUUUCUGCAGGCAUCACCCUAAAGGCGGUUUGAAGGAGGAUGAAGAGGGCACGCUCCCCAUGGUUUCCAGGGAGAACCCCUAGUGUGCCAGCCUUCUCGAGGUCACCACUUCUUUGCCAGGGUUGAGCUGCAGACUCCUCCACCCCUUGGACUGCUCGCUGCAAUCCCCAGGGGAACUCUGUUACUGCAAAAGUCCUUCUCUCUCCCAGGGCCAAGCCGCAGGCUCCUCUGCCCCUGAGACUGCUCACCGCAGUCCCCAGGGGGACCCCAUUACUGCACAGUCCUUCUUGCUGGUCACACACUCCCAGGGGUUAACCGCCCCCCGAAAUCGUUCCUCUCUGAGCCUUCAGCACGCCUUAUCCUAGUCAACCCCCCUUCGUUUUACUGCUCCCCAGUCACUUAUUGCAGGAAGCGCCAUCCACGGGGUGCAGUACAUCCUACCUCUGCCAUCAGUUGACAAAGCCCAGAGGAGGAGGGGCUGGAGAGGGUUUCAGUUUGGGGCUGGCUGGGGACAUGGAGUGAAGUGCAGAUGUGGUUGUCUGGCUCACUGCCCCCCAAAAUAGACCCAGCUGAGGGGUCCUGUUCUCUGCACCUACAAGCUCUGUGUUAGACCAUGUUCCUGUCAUCUAAUAAACCUUCUGUUUUACUGGUUG